CACAACCAAUUUGAAAUCUAUGACCGGACAGGGAAUUUUUAUUUGUUAUGUGUACGUGUCACUAUCUAGCAGAUUAAUAUUUGAAUUAUCAAUUCGCCACUCUUUAGUGUAUCAAUCAAGGCUCAAGAAUACGACGUCGGAUCAUUAUUGAGUAGUCAUUACGAAUAUUACGAUCGUCCGCUAUUCACUUGGAGACCGGACACCGCGGUAAUGCAUCGCCGCAGCCGGUGCACGCACUGCGCCGCGUCGCUAGUUCGCUCGCUCGACGUCCGUCACUCCGUCGGGGCAUCCACAGUCGAAUACACCUACAAAUUAAUAUUACGACAGUACGACGACGAGUGACCACCCCAGCACUAUUGGACCUACAACCGCCAUUAAUCGCCAACACUAGCCAUUUGUUAAGUCGCCCCAGCGAUUUCGUCAUACGACCAUUUUGAUUGCCGUCUUCGCCUUCAAUCGUGUUGCCAGAGUGUGUGUGUGUGUGUUCGGCGGCUGUUCAUCGUGCAACACAUUCCGUUCCUGAGUGGUCCCGCUGACCAUCAUCAUCGGGCGGUUCGAGAACAACGCUGUCACACUAGGACCCAUGUUUUAGCCCCUAUUUCGUCUCGUGUGUGAGCAACGGGCCCUCAUCGCCCUACUCACGACGCCGCCUACCGCCAGAGUCCGGCCCCGAUCAAUUCAGAGACCAUCGGGAAACUUACCCAAGAGUUAGUUUGUGUCGUGAAAGUCUCGUCGAUCGCGUGUUGCUCUGUCUUCCGUAAACUUGUUCUAAGUAUUAAAGUCAUGUAUUUAUCGACAAAAAGUGUGUUCCCGUUAUAUAUUUCGGCACCUCGAUAUGCUCGCUGCGAUGGAAGGAGUAGUGUAUUUAACGUGCACAAAUGGAAUCAGACAAUUCUACAAAUUCUGAUGACUCACAAUCAAAUAACUCAAGCCAAUCUGCAUCACCAGAAACUGUAACUAGAGAGCAAUCUGUUAGCGGUUCACCUUCUGCAUCCAGUCAUAAUUCUGCCCCACCGAGCCCUGACAAUAACACUUCUGGGUCUCAGAGCAUAGAUAAUGGAGUACAAAGUCCAGAACAAGACAAUGAUGAUGAUGAUGAUGAUCCUCAGUCACCUGAUAGUUCAACAUCUAAAUCUAAAAGUCCUGCUAUUGAACCUUGUAGUCCUGAACAUCAACAAAAUGAUGAGCCACAAAGUCCGAGUUCAGAAUCUAGUUCAUCGAGUCGUGUAUCUUCUACAGCUGCUUCUCCUGACAGAAAUAGUCAUUCUCGACCUUCAUCCAAAGUUUCUUCAAGAAGCAAUGAAUCUGAUAAAGAAACAAAAGAACCUCAUGAUAAUUAUUUAUCAGAUGUUUCUGAUGAAGACUCAAUGGAUAAUAUAAAUGAUGAUAAUACUUCUCAAAAAAGUGCAAAAGAAUGGAAAAGUGAUAAUGAUACUCAUUCUUCUUCGAAAGAAAUUGUUAUUCCAGUUAACGGCCAUAAUAAUGUGGAUGCUAAGACUGAGCCUAAUGUAGUUAAUGACCCUGAAGAACCUUUAGAUUUUGAAGCUGAAGAUGGGGAAGACGGGGAAUGUGAUGAACCAAAACCAGUUAAAGACGAGACUGAGGUUGAAGAAGAAAAAGAACCUGAAGAACUUGAAGAGGGUGAAGUUUCUGAUGAAGGUGAACAUCGGCCAGAAGAGACAGAACCCAGACCAAUAUGUCGAUUUUACUCGAGAGGACAAUGUACUUGGGGUGCAAGCUGUCGAUUUUUGCAUCCGGGUGUCGCGGACAAAGGCAAUUAUUCAAUGUUUGAAAUGGUACGCCCAAUACCACCACCUGGUAGUUUACCAUCGUUUUAUCCAAAUGAUUCUUAUCGAACACAUGAAAGAACUUUGAUUCCUGGAGGUCCGAUUGCUCCAAUAAAAAAAGAUGAUAUACCACCUGUUGAAACUGCUUGGGAAAGAGGAUUACGUCAAGCUAAAGAGAUACUUAAAAAAUCUAAUAAAAAAAAAGAAACUGAUAUUGACUUUGAAGAAAAAAAAAUGAACUUAACAUCAAAUCAAGAAGAAGUAGAGAAAGAAAAUGAUUACUAUGCGCAGCGUCCAACUAGUCCAACUGCUUCACCUGCACUAAGCCCUCCUAUUGAAAGAUUUAAACCUGAUUUAGAAGCUCGGCAUCAUAGGGGUCCUCUUCCAGAUGCUUAUGUGGACGAAUUUAUGCCACCACAAGUAGAUUUUUAUCAUCACCGACCAGAAUUUUGGCCUCCUCAUCAUGGUCGCCCUUUACCUCAUUUUCCACCUGGACAUCCAAUUGAUUUUCAUGCUCCUCCACGGAGAAAUCCAUAUUAUCCAUAUCCACCUCCUGAACCUUAUUAUCAUCCAGGUUUGAAACCUCACCAUCGAGGCUUACCUCCUAAAUACCCUCCUAAUAGAGAAGUAAUAAUGCAGCGUUCUGAGAAAUCUUAUAGCCCUCAACCUUCUGGUCAUCGUAAUAGAAGAGAUAGGUCAUCUAGUCGACCACGUAGAGGAGAUGAUUGGUCUGAUCCAUGGAUGAGAUCUAAAUCACCUGGAGGUCGUUCUAAACUUAGAGGAAGAAAGAAGUCUUAUUCUUCACAUUCUUCGUUCUCGUCAUCAAGUAAUGUUAACAGAUCCAGCAGUAGUUCAAGUAAUUCAAGCUAUAGCUCACGGAGUCGUUCAAGAGGUAGAUCUAAUUCAAUUACAAAAAAUAGGAAGAAAGCACCUCCAUUAUCAUUUAAAACUUCUCCUGGCCGUAAAACAAAUAGAAAGCCAGAGAGGAAUCCUUCUCCAGAUGCAUUUGACAAAAAACCAAUGAAUCGAUCUAUGAAUCCCCCAGUGCCAACUAAUAGAUGGUCUGUUUCUCCAACUAAUACACCAGCUUCUAUACAACCUGUACAAAGAGCUAGACAAAUGCCAAUGCCACCUAGAUUUGCAGUAAAUAAAUCAAGUGGAGCUAAGUCUCCAGCUACUACUCAUACUUCUUCAUCUUCUUCAAGCAGUGAAUCAGCCUCUGGAUCAGGUUCUUCAGAAUCUUCUGACUCAAGUGGUUCAGAAUCUUCAUCUGAAGGAGGAAGUCCGAAACAAAAAAAACUAGGAUUGUCUCCAGACAAAUUGCUUAAAAAAAAAAUGCAGAAAGCACAAUUAAAAUUAAAUAAGAAGAAAAUGACAGCUCCAAUUGUUCCUCCAGUUAAAAAAGAAAAAUCAGUUUCUCAAGGAAAAAAGAGAUCAUUAGAAUCCGAUAAUGAUGAUACUAAAAGUUCUUCUCCGCCAAGAAAGAAAGGAGCAGCACCAUCAAGACGAGAAGAGUUGUUAAAACAACUAAAGGCUGUAGAAGAUGCCAUUGCUCGGAAAAAGUCCAAAGUAGCAUUGUAAAUAAUUUAAUUUAUUUAAACAAUAUUAAUUCUCGACUUAAUAGUUGAUUAUUCUAUAUUAUGUAUAUAG